AUGACGGAGGAGUGGCAGAGCCAAAAGUUUCGUCAGAAUGUAAUAUCCAAAAUCAAUGAUGUUUUGCCACAAACUGGCGAUCCAUCAAAAAGUGCCAAUGUUAUGGAGAAUCACAUAUUUCGCAAGUCCCGCACCAAGGACGAGUACUUGGGCAUGGUGGCCAAACUCUUUAUGCACUACAAAGACAUAUCGCGCAAGUCUAUGCAGCAACAACAACAGCAGCAGCAACAACAACAGCAGCAACAACAACAACAGCAGCAGCAACAGUCGGCACCACCGAACGCUGAAAUAGGUCAGCAAAACAUGAUGCAGAAUCCCCUAAAUGCUCUGCAAAAUCUUGCCAACCAGGGCAAUCGUAAUUCACAGCUGAUGUCCAUGCCUGGAGGACCGGGACCGAAUCAGAUGGCUGGUCCCGGUGGCCAGGGCACUGCCUCUAACUUGCUGCAAACGCUGAACCAACAACGGCCAGGUCAGCAAAUGCAACCGAUGCCCAACAUACGUGGCCAAAUGCCAAUAGGUGCGGGUGGCGGCCAGCAGAUGGUGCAAGUGCAGGAAAUGAACGCUUGUGGUGGACCUGGCGGCGCGGGCAUGCAGCUGAUGGGCGCUGGUGGUGCGCCACAGGGACAGAUUGUGGGCAAUGCCACACAGCAGAUGGGCGGCAUGCCCAAUCAAAUGACAGGACCUGGAGGGCCCAAUGCUGGCUUGCCAAGUGGUGCCGGUGGUGGUAACAACGCAACGCCUGGAAACGCCGGUCCCGGGCCCAAUCAGAUGCAGAGCGGACAGAUUAAUGUGAAUGCCAUGAAUGUGCAGCAAAUGCCGUCCAUGCAACAAAAUCAAAUGGGGAUGGGCAUCAACCCAAUGAUGAAUGUGCGGCUAAAUCAGGGCAAUGGCAUGAAUGUGGGACCCAAUGGUAUGCCACCAGGUAUGCAGGGCAUGCCACCAAACAUGCAACAACAACAGGGCGGUCCAAUGCAACAGCAUAAUGUGGGCGUUGGCGUCGGCGUAAGUGGUCCGGCGGGCCAGCAACAAGUGGGUGUGCCACCCAAUGCCCUGCAACAAGGCGGUAUGAAUCCUAUGCUGAAUGUGAACAUGCCUCCAAAUAUGCAGCAAAAGCCCAACAUGGCUAUGAGUCAAGCCGGCCAAAUGUUUCCGGGCAAUCGUGGCGUUGGUGGCGUUGGCGGCGUUGGUGGUGUCGUUGGAGGCGGUCAGCAGCAACAGCAGACCUUCAUGCGCUCCAGUCCUUCGCCGGCCGACGCUCAACUGCAGUUACAACAGCAGAUGCAACAACAACAACAACAGCAGCAGCAGCAACAACAACAACAAAUGGUGGGUAAUCAGACGCCCACACAGCAGCCACAAACCCCACAAAUGCCAACAUCACAAAUGAUACCAAGCCCAGCGCUGGUGCCACAAUCCAGCCCACAAAUGAUGAUGCAGAACCCACAGCGUGCCAUGCAUCAGCAAUCGCCGGGUCAAUCGAUUAACACACCCGGACAGGUCACUGGCAACAGUCCCUUCAAUCCCCAGGAAGAGCCACUUUACCGCGAGAAAUACAAACAGCUUACCAAAUACAUUGAGCCACUGCAGCGGAUGCUGGUCAAGUUACGCAACGACGGCACCAAUGUUGAGAAAAUGACAAAAAUGAGCAAAUUACUGGAGGUCCUGUGUAAUCCUUCACAACGUGUGCCGCUGGACACACUGCUCAAGUGCGAGAAGGCCUUAGAGAAAAUGGACCUCUUCAGUUCCUAUUCGGGUCAGCAAUUUGGCAAAUCAUCAAAUGCAUUGCUGGAGGUCCUGAACACCACUCUGCAAAGCCCUAUAGCAAAUCACACGCUGCAUCGCACAUUUCGUCCUUGCUUGGAGCUGCUUUUUGGCACUGACAUUUGUGCACCGGUGCCGCCAAAGCGUCCACGCAUCGAGGAGAAGAGCUCCCCCUUUGAGCAGGAGGUGCCACAUGUCCUGCAAGGGGAAAUCGCGCGUUUGGAUCAAAAAUUCAAAGUCAAAUUGGACACCACCGCUCAAACCAGCAACAAGGCCAUUAAGCUCAUCUGCUGCCUUGAUGACAAACGAUUGCCCAGCGUGCCGCCCGUCAGUAUAAGCGUGCCCGAGGAAUAUCCUUGGCAAGCUCUAGAUUGUUCGCUCACCGAUCAGGAAUACUCGGCCACUCCGUUCUUGAAGACGGUACAAGAGGCACUUAUGGCGCGCAUGGCGAAGCUACCCAAGAACUACUCGCUGUCCCAUCUUCUGGACACUUGGGAGAUGGCAGUGCGUCAGGCAUGUUCGCCUCAGGCUAAGGUUAAGAAUAUAUGCGAGAUAACUACUUUGCUAGGUGUUUAGGAAAAUAUUAUACAUAGACUUCUAUAGUUGGGAUGUCAGUUUAUUGGUCCCCAAUACCAAAUCCUUCCCCUUUUCGCAUGUGCAUGCUAAUUGUAAUAUCUGUCCAAUUCAGGUUACUAUUCUUCCGAUCUGAUAUGGUGUCAUAAAUUUGAAAUUUACUGCGUGGUGAGGUUUUUUAAUUGCCUGCAAUAACAAUAUUAAGGAAGUGGUGACGAAUGCCUUUGAUGCGAUAACAUCUCACUUCAAAACGUGUAUUUUUUAUAACGAUUAUUUAUGUUUUAUCAGCCUUAUUGGCGUUUAAUUAUCUCAGUAGCAUGAAAUGUAUUUUAUAAUUAAUACUUUAAUCAUCCCAAAAGGAACUAAGACCAUCCGAAAUCUGUUACAUUUUCAUUUAAUUAAAACAAAUUAUUUAUUUAACAACUAAUCUAAGCAAUUGGCAACGCAAAUUUCAAAGUUUUCUAUCGUUGCUUCAGACAUAAGAGAUACAAGCAAUAUAAUUUAUCAUCUCUCGAAUCACAUUAUUAACAAUCAACAACAAAAUAAGUUAAUUACUUUGUUCCCGGUCAUUCCAUUACGCAAUCUCCCAAUCCAGGUAUACCAGGUUUCCAAGAUUUAAACUGUUAUUCCCAAUUCACACAGCAUUUUGUCGGGUUUGGAGGAAUACAAAUUAAUUAACGGCGAACAAUCGUGUAUAGUUAUAGUUAUCUGAAAAUUGUUGUAAACCCAACCAAUAAAAUACAACGCAAAAAUUAUAGAUUAUUUUGGAAAAUAUA